CGUUUCAGAGCUCGGUUUGCACACAGUGGAGAGGCGAGCAAGUUAUACACCAGCACUUCAGAGCCAACUUUGGAAACUCAGUUUUAACUUUUUGAAUCUCAGUUUUAAAAGAUCCUGACAAUGGAAAUGCUGAUUAAGAUUGAAGGACCCAACGUGAAAUACAGCGAGAAGUACAUCGAGUCUCAGUACCCAUACCACAGCGCUGAGGUCUCGCUGGAGAACGGGACUUACAAGGUCAAGCCCUCCACCACCCACUUCACGUUCCGUACUGAGAGGAAGGUGCCCAAGCUGGGGGUCAUGCUGGUGGGCUGGGGAGGCAACAAUGGGACCACGGUCACCGCCGCCGUGCUGGCCAACAAGCUGGGAAUGACAUGGAGAACCAAGACUGGGAUCCAGAGUGCAAACUACCUGGGCUCACUGCUGCAGUCCUCCACGGUGUGCCUGGGCACGGGUCCACAGGGCGACGUCUAUGUGCCGUUCGGGAGGCUGCUGCCCAUGGUGCACCCCAACGACAUCGUCUUCGAUGGCUGGGAUAUCUCCUCCCUGGAUCUGGCCGCUGCUAUGGAGCGCGCUCAGGUGCUUGACUGGUCGCUGCAGCAACAGCUCCGUCCCCACAUGGAGAAGCUGAAACCCAGACCCUCCAUCUUCUUCCCCGAGUUCAUCGCAGCCAAUCAGGGAGAGCGUGCUGACAACUUCAUCCAGGGCACCCAGCAAGAGCAGCUGGAGCAGGUGCGCAGGGAUAUCCGCGAUUUCAAGCAGAAGAGCGGCGUGGACAAGGUGGUGGUGCUGUGGACCGCGAACACAGAGCGCUUCUGUGACGUCACCCCGGGAGUCCAUGACACGGCACACAACCUGCUCAAGGCCAUUGAGAUCGGAGCGGAGGUCUCCCCCUCCACCCUGUUCGCGGUGGCCAGUAUCCUGGAGGGCUGCGCCUACAUCAACGGCUCCCCGCAGAACACCUUCGUCCCGGGGGCGGUGGAGCUGGCCGUGCAGCGCAGAGUCUUCAUCGGGGGAGACGACUUCAAAUCCGGGCAGACCAAGAUCAAGUCAGUGCUGGUGGACUUCCUCGUGGGCGCGGGGCUCAAGCCCACCUCCAUCGUGAGCUACAACCACCUGGGCAACAACGAUGGCAUGAACCUGUCUGCCCCGCAGCAGUUCCGCUCCAAGGAGAUCUCCAAGAGCAACGUGGUGGACGACGUGGUGAAGUCGAACCCUGUGCUGUACCGGCCGGAUGAGAAGCCUGACCACUGCGUGGUGAUCAAGUACGUGCCCUACGUGGGAGACAGCAAGAGAGCCAUGGACGAGUACAUCUCUGAGAUCAUGAUGGGAGGAACCAACACCAUCGCCAUGCACAACACCUGCGAGGAUUCCCUGCUAGCCAGCCCUCUUAUCCUGGACCUGGUGAUCCUGACUGAGCUGUGUCAGCGCAUCUCGUUCUGCACCGAGUCCCAGCCGGAGUUCCAGGGCUUCCACAGCGUGCUCUCCAUCCUGAGCUACCUGUGCAAGGCACCGCUGGUCCCUGAGGGCACGCCCAUCGUCAACGCCCUGUUCAAGCAGCGUGCCUGCAUUGAGAACACCAUGCGGGCCUGCCUGGGUCUGCCCCCUCAGAACUACAUGCUGCUGGAGCACAAGAUGCAGAGGAGCUCCCUGUGCAGCAAGCCUGGCAUCACCGACACAGUUUCCAAGAAGCUGUCAACCCUCAGCAACGGGCACAUCCAGAAGGGUCUAGUCAAGCUCCAUGGGCAGUAGGACAGCGUGGUGCGGGGGUGGUUGGGUGGUUGGGUCGGUGGUGUGUCCAAAACAAGAUAAAGGACUGUGACACUGACCCUCCUGCUGCAUUUUGGUGCUUUGACAGAACCUGAACAAUGCGGCGUUACACUUGAGAAACAGACCACUCCUGACAGCGAAUCUCACAAAAAGGACUUCGGCUCGGCAGGCCGAUUGACGCACCACUUCAUUCGAAGGCUCCUGUGUUUUGUUUUGUUUUUUGUUUGGGUUAAACAGCUAGUUUCACAGACCUCCAUUAGCUGUAGUCUUGGACUGCCUUACCUAAAAUAACAGGCGGCAGUAAUCUAGCUCUGUGAAACUAGCCUGUAAUGUUUUGUAACAAUUUUUUUUUUUUUUUAAAGAUUUAACUGUUUUAUUAUUAUGAGUAGUGUUAUUGUUAUUAUUAUUAUAUCUUUGUGUCCAGACCACUCCCUUAAUUCCACAUCGUCCUGUCAGUGUGCAGUAAACAGCUGUCUGUCGUACUGUAGUUAUUUUGUAUUGCUGUUAUUGAUGACUUCAGUGUGAGCACUGAUUGUAAGCGCUUUUAACGUAGUCUCUUAGUUUCUUGUUAUUGUUGCUGUCUAGUUUUAAUGGAUGGUUUUUGUUUUGUGAACGUGCCGGGGGGAGACUGCAGAAACGGCAUCAUUGAGUUACAGUAUGACAUCACAGUGACCUUUCCCAGCCCAGCGCUCUCUCACCUUAACAUUCCAAAUAAACACAUGCUUUCUGAACCUGCA